AUGCUCAGGCUGCUGCUGCUGCAGGCGUUGGCAAGUUGCCUCUGGCUGGGAAACAGCGAGGUGGUGAAGUCCUUUGCAGAAUGUCCUCAAUUUUUCUAUGCACAGACCACCCCAAAUGAUGUCUUGCAUCCAGGGAAACCAGUCUGGAUCUGUCAACGCUACAGCAACUCACAUCACUAUGCCACCCUGUAUGACAAAGAGAGGAGAAUUCCAGUGUACUCUGCUUACAUCUACCAGCCUGGACCUGCCAAGAGACCUCAUGCAUGGUGGUUUGUUGAGCCCCUGCUGAUAAGUGACAAUAAUCUUAAAGAGAUGGAAAGAGAGUCGGUCCUCAUAGAGCAACACAAAUUCACCUUAGAGCAAAUCAAAGAGAGCCAGGCUGUCCUUGAUGACUACGAGCAAAUGACUGGUUUGGACCGUGGCCAUUUGAGCUCCAAUAACCAUAUGAAUAGUGGAGAGAGCAAGAUGGCUACCUUCACCCUCACCAACAUAGUGCCCCAGAACAGCACACUCAACCAUGGUGCCUGGAAAGACUACGAGAACAAAACAAUGGCCCAGAAAACCCAGGGCUGUACAACCACCUAUGUCAUCACGGGUGCUGUGCCUGGGAACACCAAGGUAGCCAGUGGGAGGAUUAACAGACCCAGCCACAUCUGGUCAGCUGCCUGCUGCCUGGUGGGCACAAAUCCCACGAGGGCUUGGGGGGUCAUCGCUGAGAAUGACAAGAAUGAGGUGGAGAACCUCAAGCUGGGGGAGCUGGAGGAGAGGUUGACCGAGCUCUAUGACGGGAGAACAGUAACUCUGUUCAGCAAUACCUGUCCCCGGUAA